GACGGCGCCUGCGUGGUGAUGAUGCUGAUGCGGGUGACGCCACGAGCAUCAUCAGCAGCAGCAGCAGCAGAGGCAGCAGCAGCUGACGCGGACAGGACCAGGCUGAUCAGCAGCAUUAUCAGCAUCAGCAGCAGCAGAGGCAUCAGAGGCAUCAGCAGCAGCAGAGGAACCAGCAGAGGAACCAGCAGCUCCAGCUCGACUCCCCGGUCCUCUCUCACGAUGCUCGGCUGCAGGAUGCGCGGCUGCUCGGCGCUGCUCUCGCUGCUCCUGGCCGGCGUCACCGCCGCGGCGUCCUCGGAUCUGUUUGACAACCAGCUGGGCGACAUCAAUUACUGCAAAAAGCAAUGCCAGCUCACCAUCAAAAACAAAACCCCCGCUAGAGACUCCAUAAUGAAUGCCUGUCAUCGUGGCUGUCGUCUUUACUCCAUCUGCCAGUUUGUCAGUGGAAACGGCUUUAAUACCAGCAGGGAGGAGUGCCAAGGAGCCUGCCAGGAGGCAUAUAUUAAACUCUUGGAGCAGGAGGCGUGCAGCACCGGCUGUGCUAGCCAACCCUCUGAACCUGAGAUCAAGAGGAGGAAGCUGAGGGCCAUGACCCUGCGUCCAAAACCCCCUUCUGUGAUGGAGGCUUUGUCCGGCUGGUGCAAUGACAUUGUCAGCUCUGCCCAGAGCUUCAUCUCCUCCACCUGGACCUUCUACCUGCAGGCUGAUGAUGGCAAGGUUGUGGUUUUCCAGAGCCAGCCAGAGAUGGAGUACUCGAUGCCGGAGCUGCAGGCUCCUCGUUCCAGUGUGGCGGACAAACCCUGGCCUCAGGUCCACUCUCACACCCAGAGACCCCACGGUGUGAGGGGUCAUGGAGAAAAGGGAGCGCCCAAGGCAGUAGGCAAAGGGAAGCACCCUGCCCCGCACACAGAGGACCCCACAGCUGAACACGACUUCCUGGGCUGCAUGUCACGGCGGUCCGGCCUUCCUCGGUGGAUUUUAGCUGCAUGUCUCUUCCUUUCCAUCAUGGUCAUGUUGUGGCUGAGCUGUGCCAGCCUCGUCACCGCCCCGGAGCAGCAUAUCAAGACACAGUUGAGUAUCAAUGGAGAUAAAGAGUUUCUGGAGCACGUCCACAAAGUCAAUCCGUUCCACCUGAGCCCCAUGAUUGCCGUCACUGUGAAGCAGUCGGAGGAGAUUCAAGAAGCCGGGCCGCUGCCGCUCAAAGUCGACCUCAGCAAAACAUGUGUUUAGGACGAGCCGGUGGGAGAGCUGCUGUCUCGUUUCCUGUGGUAACCGUGUCUAAACUCGGUGGCCGGUCAGUGACACAAACACAUCACGCCAGUUUUCAAAGUUUUCAAAACCUACUCUAAAAAGCAUGGCACCCCAUCCGUCAUUUAAAUCAUGAAAAACAUCUAGCUUUUAUGGAUCAGAUGGGUUUUUCAAGUCGCCACACCUGUCGUGCAUUUGAUUUCCUUGUACAGUCCAGAUUCCUGCAAGCACAUUCUCAGAUUAUCAGUAAUGAUCCCCCUGCUCUUUGAACACUGAUGAGACGGUGCCCUUGUCUCAGAGACACACAAAGACGAGCGGAGAGGAUAGAUUACUGCAGUGCUCUCACUUUAGUUUACCAUGUCUAGUCUGGAUAAAUGCUGAGAUUCAUGUAAAUGUAAUUUUCUUUGUUCUCACAGAGUUAGGAUUAAUUAAAAAGGCUCCCUCUGAGCACAGGGAUCAAAGAAGUCAGAGAGAGGAGCUCUCGCUGCAGGAAAUAAAUACUGUAGCUUACACUUUAUGAUCUGUUUACAUAAUCGGCAUUAUGAGCUACUCAGAAAUAUUGCCUCCGUGAAUGGCCGCGAAAUUGAAAAUCAUCUUCUUGACAGGGUUCUCAGGUGAGUGAUCAUUGCCAGAGAAACAAAAACUAAAUUAGAGUGUUUUAUAAUCUAAUUCCUGCGUGUGUGGAUGUUUCUGCAGCGUGUAUUCAUCUCUGGAGAACAAAUUCAAAGAGUUAGAGCCAGCUGUGCUGUGUGAGAAUGAUUUAUCCUCUUGUCUAUUUACUCUCAAUCUUCAACAUGAGUUAUCAUUUUAACAUGAGCGUCAUAGAAGUGCCAUGAACAGUUACUGCAUCGUACAAAUGUAAAUCCUCUAUGUGUGAAUUCAUUGCAAUACAGGCUGGAUAAAGACUUGCAGAAGGAUGUUUGCACCUAUUACUGUAUCAUAAUUACAAUAUUAUUAUUAUUAUUAUUAUCAUACUAUGGUUCUUAUAUCACUUCCAGGAGUUUGUAGCUGUUACAUGUGCCAUGUGCUUUCUGAUAGCUGACUAUUUUAUAUGUCCUAGGAGCACAUACUGAAGGAUAAACCCUGUAACAAUGUGUAAUGCAAAGCUUUUCAUAUAGAUCUUUGUUAUUAAACAGAGUUGCACAGUCUUAGAGAAGAGAUUGUGUUUUCCUCUCAGUGCUUUUGAUGUCCUGUGAUGCUCUCCUUUAACCCAGGCUAUGUAGACGAUAAACUGUGCAUGCCAGUAAUUCUUUGAUAGUUUAUCCUAACUGCGCGCCAUGCUGAUGUGGCACAGCUUUACUGUACUCUUGUUCUUUUCAUUCGAUUUGAUUUGACUCUUUGUGUUAAUAUUUAUAGUAAACACUGAAUAGAUUGUGAAAUGGUGAAUGAUAAUAUCCUCAUGAUUUACAGGAAUUAAUCUUGAUUAAAAAGCCAUCUGAUCAAUACAAGUAUUGGUUCAAGCUGAAGGUACCGGUAUGUCACAAGGAGUGUGCUAGUGAGGGUGUACACUUUUUUUGGAUGGUCUGUUGAUUUUCAGUAAAUAAUGCAUACAACAUGAUGAAAUAAACAGUUUUCAUUGUAAAUAACACAUGCAAGUGGGAUUCUUUUCUU